AUGGUUCUCGCGGAUUUAGGACGGAAAAUCACCACAGCGCUCCGCUCCUUGAGCAAUGCAACCAUCAUCAAUGAAGAGGUAAGAGAAAUUACCUGGAUGAUGCACUCACAUGUAAUCACGAGAUUCCUGUUCAUUAUUUAAGGCUCUCUAUAGUGUUGGUAGUAGCAGCCAAAAUUUCGGGCCUGAAGGCAGAUUUUGACAUAAGUCCUACUAAGAUCAGGACAAGAAAUUGAUAAAAUCAUCCCUGUCAUCUGAAUGCGAUGUAUCUUCUUGUUGAUGUGUGUUUAAGUUUGAAAUUCAUGACAAAUUGGAACCGAAAAUUGAAAGCCUCUUAUGUUUUAAGACGAAAGAAUAUGCAAAGUUGAUUCGGGAAGUGUAACACUAAAUCCUUAGCGCAUACCUGCAUCCGUUUGACUUUUUUUUCUUCACUUGUACCGGUCCAAUUUUAUGGAGGAGUAAAUCACUCAUGCAUUAAUUAGUACAGGAAGAUAUUAAGGGUGCCGAGUUUUAGGUAUGAUGAGUACAUAUGUUAACUUGGUGUUGACCACCAAAAUUCUAUUCUGUUAGCCCGUUCAUACCUUAGAUCUCAAUAGCAAUUUUCCCAACUGUCUGCUACACAUCUCUUAUAAUGUUAGUUCUAAGAGUUUGGUAUUGGAUCAACAAAUAAUCACCUAAUCAAUAUUUUUAAUUAGGAGAAAUUCUGUUCUGGUCACUCAUGGCAGUUAAAGGGUCAAUGAUUUUAGUGUGGAUUUAACCCAUUAAGUCCCACUAGUAACCUAGACAGAAUUUCUCCUUACACGAUCAGUAUAAUAUCAAGCAAACAAGUGAUAAGAACAAAGAAAAAUAUCAAUUAGGGGAUUAUUAGUUGAUCCAAUUACAAAUUCUCUUAACUCACAUCAUACGAAUUGUACAUCAGACAGUAAGGAGAAUUACUUAUAAGAUCCUGGGAGUCAAAGGGUCAGAGCAUUGAUUUUUUAUAAUCAACAGGUCCUUGGUGCUAUGCUCAAAGAGAUCUGUGCAGCUCUACUAGAAGCUGAUGUCAAUGUCCAGCUUGUGAAGAAACUCAGAGAAAAUGUUAGGUAAAGUGAAUUUCUCAUUAAAUUAGUUUAAACUGCACUACAUGACAUUUGUGGCAAUGGAAUAAAAAACUCCAUGUCAUGGAAAUGACAUGGAGUUUUUAAAUAAAUGAAAUAAAAUUCCUCAACAGCGUAACUGAUGUAGGUUGAAACUAAAAUAACAAACAAUUACAAAAGUUACACAAUACAUGAUAUAAAGAAAUAACAAAAAACAUGGCAGAAAGAGGACUGUGAAACACUUACAUUGUUACAGCCACAGAAAAGACUAAGACUGAUACUGCAAUUGCAAAACUGCUUAGCCAAAAAAUAAAUUUUAAAAAAAGGACAAGUGAAACUAAUGGUACAUCACUGACCUGUGCCAGGCGCCCAAAAAAGAAGUACACAAGCAUAUUGCUGCUACAUUCAUAUGGAUAAAUUAUGCAAAGUAGCAAUAAGGUAGCAAUAAAGUGGCAAUAAAAUGACAAAAAAGGUGCUAAUGAAACAAUAAGUAUAUAAUGUUUCCUUGUUACAGGGUGAGAAGACUUAAAUAAUGAAUUUCAAACACACAAAGAAUCCAACACAAAAAAAUUUCGUACUCAGAACUUACAUUGGUAAUAGGCCUUAGAGGAGUCCAAUUGAGUCUGUAAUAAAGUAGUGAUUAACAAAAACUGACAGCAACAAAGGGUGAGUCCAAUUUGUUAAUGGGACAGCACAAAGUCCUUUUACCAAUUAAUCAAAAUUUUAGGAAUAAUCUUUACGGCUGGCUUUUUAUUUUCUUAUUAAAAAAAACAACAGCAAUACUUAGCUCAGCAAAAUUUGCAGCAAGGAGGCAUGCACACUACUUUUGUGAAAUUACAUGUACAUAUUAAACAUGAUGCAUGCACUGUCCAAUUCCAAGCAUGGCACAUACACUGUCCUUUUAGUGCUCAAAUUGGACUGGUGAUAACCAAUCACAUUAAAGAAUUUUAUUAUAGUUUUGAUAAUAAUCAAUAAGUGUUAGAUACCAUAAUAGCAGAGCUCGCAGAGUGUAGCCCUAUAAUUAUACAAAAUAGUAGUAACCCAUCAAGCCGAAAAAAUUUGGACUAAUGACUUUACGACCGUACGACCAACCGUACAAGAUGCUACUCUUAACAUGUGUGGUCAACUGUACUGCAAGCGCACCAAUGCCACGGCUUUUUCCAGUAGUCUAGUGGUCAGUGCACUGAGCUCCAAGUUGGACAACCCGGGUUCUAGUCCUGGCGUUGUGCCCUUAAGACGUGUGGGAAAAAAAAAAAAAAAGCUCUGCUUUUAGACUUGGCUAAAUCUAUAUAUUAUUUAACCAGUAACUUUAAAUUAUGUCUCUGCCCUGUACUCCUUGUUUAGAUCUGCUAUUGAUUUUGACGACAUGGCUGGUGGUUUAAACAAAAGAAGGAUGAUUCAACAUGCUGUAUUCCAGGAGCUGUGCAAGGUCUGUAACAGUUUGGCUUUUUUUUACUUUUCUUAUUUUGGUAGAAAAGUAUCUAAUUGUAAAGGUGUUCUUUUGAUCACUUUGGCUAACAUAAGACAUUUUAUUAACUUUAAAAUGCUAUAUCACCUAAAAAUUCAAUGUUUGUUUACUUGUUUUUUUCUGUUUGUUUGGGUUUUUUUUUUCAAGAGUAAGGCCUUUCAAAAACUUUUAGUUGGGACUAAAGAAAACUGCAAUGAUGAUGGUGACAAGAUUGUAAAUUGUGAAACUAAAGCUUUGCAUGUGCAUUUCAUAACUUUAUACAUUUUGUAUCCAUCCCUUGUAAAAGAACAAGGUGAAUUUGUUUGCCUUCCUGUCACUGUCAGUGGGUCAAAAGUAAUUAAGCUCCCCAGCUCUUUAGAAUAGUGGACAUUAAACCAUAAUCAUAGUAAGGUAAACAUUUUUUUGUCCACCUUUGAACAGCUUGUUGAUCCUGGUGUUAAACAGUGGAAUCCAAGCAAGGGAAAACAAAAUGUAAUCAUGUUUGUUGGUCUGCAAGGAAGUGGAAAGACAACAACAUGCAGUAAGGUUGGUUCUCCUCAUCCAUUUAUACUCAUCAAGUUUUGAAGUUGGCUUUCAUUUGCACAAUGAAUUUCACUUUAUGUUGUUUUUACUUUUCAUACAGCUAGCAUAUUACUAUCAGCGCAAAGGAUGGAAGACUUGCCUAAUCUGUGCAGAUACAUUUCGUGCAGGUAAGACAUGGCAACAAAGAAACUCAUAUUUUUAAAAGUACAGUACCUGUAUAAUUACUCUCUAGACAGGUAACUAUGAGAAUGUGCUCAAUCUCAUUUAUUAAGAAUUAUAGAAUAUCUUAUUUAGAAGUACAUCCUCAAACCUUUUUACUGUCAAGAUCCAUGUAGUAAUUCUCCUUACUUACUGCUAUACUUUUCCUUGUAAAUUAGACAUGAGAAUUUGGUCCUAUUACAAAAUAGGAAACUCCCGGUGAUUAGCUUUUCUGUUCUUAUAACUUUUUUACAAGAUAACUCAUCAGAAUUGCAAGGAGAAGUUACAGGUCAAUCACUUCUGGGAAUGAAAAAGUAAGGAACACCUGAGUGUGUCAGAUGCUCUGUGUUUGCCAAGGCCUCUUGUUUUAAGUACUCUGUCUGAUUUUCUUUCUUCAGGUGCUUUUGACCAACUCAAACAGAAUGCUACUAAAGCAAGAAUACCAUUUUAUGGGAGGUAAGAACUGCCAAGUUGUAUAAAAUGUACUGAAGGUAGCUCCCAAUAAAUGUUUAUGGUCGGUAAUGAAUUCCAAUGUUACCAUGAUCAUUUUUUUUCUUCUAGUUACACAGAAAUGGACCCUGUUGUUAUUGCUCAAGAAGGGGUUGAUAAAUUUAAACAAGAGAACUUUGAGAUAAUCAUUGUAGAUACAAGGUGAGUGUAGUAUUAACCCUAAACCUCUAAGAGUGACUAACAUGUAAUUUCUCCUUACAGCAUCACUCCUGAAUCAAACAUUAAGGUCAUGAGAAUAAAGGAAAUGAUCAUCAUCUAAAGAAGCUCUUGAUUGUUGAACAAAUUCUCCUCGUCAGAACCUUAGGAAAUGUCUAGGGAGUAGUCUGGAGAAUAUGCAUUCUGAUGUUAGGAUGUAAAGGGCUUAAAAAAGAGAAAGAGAUUAUGGUAUCAUCAGAGAGAUAGCAGUACUAUGGACAAAAUUCAGCUAACAGUAUAAGAGUUUUUAAAAAGGAUGAGAGUUGGAUGAAGAGGUUUAAGAGCAGGCAGAGAAGAAUUAUCAGUGUAAAUAAAAGGCUGCUAAACACAAAAUUUUCAAACAAAGAACAAAAACAAAGAAAAUUGAUAGCUACUGAAAUUACUCCUGGAUCAACCUCAUUCCCAGAGUUUCAGAGAUCUUAGGAGUGAUUUUCUCAGAAUUCUGGCAAGUUUCUUUUGUUAUCAAGAAUAAAUUGUGGUGGAUUUAAAGCUCAAACUUAUUCUUGGACCAAAAGCUUCAUCAGCUGUAAUAGUAAAAUCUGGGUUAAUAUCUUAAUCAUUGUGAAUAGGAAGAACCUCUGAUCAGAAAUAGACCGCAAAUGUUGCAAGUUGCCAGCACUUACUGAAAACCCUGACUAUGCUUUUUGCUUACAUCACAUUUGAUGUUUUGCCUUUACAAUGCAUAUAUUCUACAUGCACCCUUUAAUUUACUGCUACUCUAAGGAUCUGCAGUCUAUGUGUGAUGAUUAGUCAAUUCACAUUCAAUUUGACAUUUUCUUCUCUAGUGGAAGACACAAACAAGAAGAAUCACUGUUCGAGGAAAUGCUGCAAGUGUCUAAUGCUGUUGUAAGUGCUUACUUCAUUGUGCUUGUCUUCAGAACAAAUUGCUGUAUUUGGAAAGUAAGGAUUUGUACAACAAACAUAUUGACUUUUCUUUUUUUAUUUUUUGUCCCACACAGGACCCAGACAAUGUUAUAUUUGUAAUGGAUGCCACGAUUGGACAGGCUUGUGAGGCACAGGUAAAUAUGAUGAAUCAGCCUCUAGUUAUGUUUUAUCCUCAUUCAUUGGAAUUUCUUUUAGCAUAUAUUGCUGCAAGCCUCAAAGGUGGUUUACUUUAAUUUCUGUGUUAUUUACUUUUUUAGGCAAAGGCAUUCAAAGAGAAAGUCGAUGUUGCUUCAGUUAUUGUUACUAAGUUGGAUGGCCAUGCAAAAGGUGGUGGUGCAUUGAGUGCGUAAGUAUUACCAGUCUGUCUUUUUGGGAAUGAAGGUCUUACCUUCCCUUCUUGUCUUGAGUCAAAGGUUUUUUUUUUUUCAAUCUGCAACCAAAUUUUUCUCUUUGUUACCGAUAACACCUUGUAAUGAAUUAAAUGCCGUUUGACCUAUGGAUGAAAAUCAAGCAUAGAAAUGAUCCUUGCAAGUGGCAUGAAUCUUUUGUAGUUGCAGGAAAGAAGUCUGAAAAAAUUCAGGCUUAAAUUACAGGAUUCAAAUUGGUGCCUCCUCUCUGGAAGUUCACCUGUGAGGAUCAUUUAUUUGCUUGAUUUGUUACUAAUAUUAACUAAACUUUAAAAACAAAACAAAACAAAACAAAACAAAAAACACUUCUGGCUGUGAUUCAGCCAUUACUCUUGUGAUGACCUUUGGUCUGUUUGUCAGAACAUCAGUCACUGCAAUUUGUAAAUACUACUAUCAAUCUAUUUCAGGUCUAUCUUACGUUCUACUUUUGUAAAAAUCACCAUAAAUUGUCUUAAAAUUCACAUUGCCACAUAUUUUUCUCCCAGCACUCCACUCAGUUUUGUUCGAUAUAAAUUGUAGUUUUUUUGUCAUGACAGAGUGGCUGCCACCAAGAGUCCCAUCAUUUUUAUCGGUACUGGGGAACAUAUUGAUGAUUUUGAACCAUUUAAGACAAGACCAUUUAUCAGUAAACUGUUGGGUAGGUUUCAAUACAGAUUAAUCUACUAUUAA